AUGACAGGGCGGGGGGUGCGGGUGCUUCUGCUCCGGAGAGGCUCCGACGGGCUCCUGGGCAUCCUCCCGCGGCGGCCACACGGGCCCGAACGGCGCCUCCAAACCCCGCCGCCCCGGCGCGCGGCCCGGCCCUCCGAGGGUGCGGGAAACCGGGCCCCGAGCGCCCUCGGCAGCGGUCUCGGUGCAGCUGGGGCGGGGUGGGGGGCGGUGCGGGGCGCGCUGCGGGCCCCCGACGCCCGGGGACGGCUGCUCCCCGGGUGCCGCCCGGGUCCGGCUUCCGGUGUGCGGGCGGCGACGCGCGCCUCCCGCGGGCGCUGGGGCCGGAGAGCGAGUCCCCCGCUCGGUCCCCCGCUCCGGGCGCUCAGUGCAGGGCUCCCCGCGGGCGCACGGCCUCGGCCGACCUUCCCCCGCGCGCUCCGGGCUCGCGCGUCGCUCGUCUCGCCAUGCAGGCGGCCCCCUUGGGCCGACGGCGCGGUCACCUGCGGGCCCGGCGCGGCGGCGCCUUCAACACCAUGGACAGCGCGCGCGGGCGCCGCGUGCGGCCGGCCCUGCCCCUCGGCCCCGCGCGGUCAUGCCGCUGCCGCCGGCGCCGCUCCUUCCCCCGCGUGGGCUCGGACGCCGCCGAGGCGCCUCGCUUCCUCGGGCUCCCAGGGUGGUGCCGCUCCGGGGUCGGGGCCGCGGGAGACGCUGCGGGCCGGGAGGGCAGCCCCGGGCCCGGCCGCUCCAGACGAUCCGCCCCCUUCGCGCGCCGCCCGCUCCCGCUCGGUGCGCUCGGCCCGGCCCGGCUCAGCGGCGCUCCGACUGCACCAUGUCCUCCGCGGGGCUCACCCGGCCGCGUGCAGGCGAUCCCGCCCGGGCUUGGGCGUCCCGCGGUCGGCUUCGGCCCCGGCUCGCCCGCCGCUGGCCGCGGGGAACGGGGCGAGGCUCGUGGAGGGAGGCCGGCUCGCCGGACCGCCCUGCCCGGCCGCCUCCCCUAGGCGCUGCGGCUCGGGGGCCUCGGCCGCUGGGGGGCCGCUGCUGGCCGGCGAGAGCCCAGGCUGCGCCCGGGGGGCUCGGGCACUCGCAUCGCCCGGCUGCGGGCGCCGGAGGAAGCCGCUGGCGCGCUCGCCGUUCGCUCGGCUGCUCGGGCGCCCGGCGCUGCAGCCUUGGCUUAAAACCCACCGACGAGGACCCGGAGCGCGCAGCCAAAAGCUAGUGAUGUCAUCCGUGCAACUUUGCCAGCACAAAGAAACUCAACAAGGAGGUCAACAUCUACAAGCUCAGAAGAUGGCUGUCACCAGAAAGCUAAUGAAUGGACUGGCAACUGGCAUGGAAUAUCCCAGCGUCCCACACUGAGACGAUUCUCUUCUGGGAAAGUCAUUCCCUGUGGUAUUUUGUUACAGCAGCUUGAGAGCAGAAUCACUUGCUUUUGAGAGGAAUCAUCUCCUAAAAGAGACAAUUUGUCUCAUCUUUGCAGGAUAUCAUAGGAUCUCCAUGGCUGGAGACCAUCUUUACUUCCCUGUGGCACAUACAUACACAUAGCCACAAAUUCAUCCCACUCACACCAGCAGGACCAAGACCUUCCCAGCCAACCCUGGCCUCCAGCUUGGCAAGGGGAGGGGGCAACUCUUUUUUUUUUUUUUGCGUCACACCCAGCGAUGCACAGGGGUUACUCCUGGUUCUGCACUCAGGAAUUACUCCUGGCGGUGCUCAGGGGAUCAUAUGGGAUGCUGGGAUUCGAACCCAGGUCGGCCUUGUGCAAGGCAAGGCUAACGCCCUACCCGCUGUGCUAUCACUCUAGCCGGGAGGGAGCAACUCUUGCCCAAGAGAAGAAUAACCUUCUGGCAUGUGGAUUUCUCUUCCUGCUCACCCACUAACCAAGAACUCAGCAAUCCAUUUAACUUGUCUUCUUCCUUGGCUCCACAAACGUGAAAAUAUCUUCAAGCAUUCUUUCUGCCUGAGAUUCGAGCAAUAUGUUAUACAUUAAGCCCUAAAGAGUUUACUCACCGGGGUGUAUGUUAAUAAGAACCACAGAGUAAGGUUUGUGAGACAGAUAAAGCUUUUUAAAUAUAAAAACAUUACUCCCCUCGAGUAGUGGUUUUAUAAAUCUUAAGGUGACAACUCAUUUGCAUGACUUUGCUCUUCCAUGUCAGUAAGUGCAUAAAACAUGAGAUAUUAACGUCAAUAAAGAUGUAGCCUUUGGAGUAAAGAGCCUUUGUUUUAAAAUAAACAAGAAUCCAUUGCGGUAGGAAGGCACUUGACUUGCCUGCAGCUAACCCAGUUCACAGUCCUUGGCACUACAAAUGGUCCUCCAAGUACCAUGAGUGCUGAGUCCCGAGCACAAAGCCAGGGAUAGCCCCUGAGAACCAUGGAUAUGGCGCCAACCCUCAAAAAUAUAGAUAAAAUAAACAAUUAGUUGGAAUAUCUGCAUCUUAUCAAUCAGGUGCAGAAAUAUUAGCUAUGAAGGCUUUGAAGGGAAAACUCAAAGGAUGGAAGGGGAAAAGGAUGGAAGGGAAAAUAAACUGCAGGAAAAAAAGAGCCCACUAGAGCACUAGUGGUCCCUCAUUCAGGCCUCUGGCCUUUCUUCAAGGCUCCUAAAUUCCCCAUCAUGUAUUAUAGAAUUCAUAGGUAGCCAGUACAAUACUUUUCUGAGUGUCCUGGGUCCAAGUGACUAUUGUAUGAAGCCACUGUCCGCACUCCACCGUAGCAGCUUCUUUUGUCCUUGACUUCUGCACGUAUCUAUAUGCACAUAUUCCUUGCUGCUUUGGGAAAGGAAUUCCAUGUUCCAAAGACAACUCAUCUUUAGGGAUUUAUAAAGAUGUGUAUAAAAGUGUAAUAAGCUCACAAGGCUUCCUGUUUUUCAAACAAUAAAUAAGUCGGCAAGUUCUUCACAUACAUUAAUUUUUUGAAAACAGUGGUCCAAGCUGCCGUGAUAAAACAAAUUCCGUAAUCUGUGAGCUGCAGUGUCAGGUUAAGAUGCUAGUGAAAGUGACAGAAACUCAACUCAGAUCAGCAUCAGCCAAGCACUCGGGUUUGCUGUUAAGACGACUCGGGGGCUGGAGCGAUAGCACAGCGGGUAGGGUGUUUGCCUUGCACGCAGCAGACCUGGGUUCGAUUCCCAGCAUCCCAUAGGGUCCCCCAAGCACCGCCAAGAGUAAUUCCUAAGUGCAGAGACUGGAGUAACCCCUGAGCAUGGCCGAGUGUGAUCCAAAAAAGCUAAAAAGAAAAAUAAAGAGGACUCAGGAUGAUUUUCCUCGCUGUAUUGGCUUCCUUCUCAGUCUCUACUUAACAAAGGCGGCCUCUCCGGCACCCAGGCUGCAGCAAAGCACCUUCUCCUGGGCUCUCCCCUCGAGUCUCUAGAUCCACAGUGAUUGAAUCCAUUUGGGUCUCUGCUACUCCUACUUAGGCAGGGCUUGGUUAUCUGUUGGAAUUCCAGAGAAAGAAAGGCGCCCUAGACCGGGCAGGUGAU